CAACGGUCCCUUGCCUCAGGGCGCUACGACACUGCGCGUGCGCAAACUCCUGUCAACCGCGCUGACGGAAGCCGAGAAGAAAAAAAGGCGGGAGCCACCAAUCCCAGGUGGAGCAAAAUGGCGCGGGAGAACGAGAUGCAGGAGUUCGCCCGUAGCUUCUUCCGAGGCCGGCCGGACCUCAGCACGCUCACGCACUCCAUCGUGCGGCGGAGGUUUUUGGCUCACACGGGCCGCGACCACCUGGAACCCGAGGAGAAGCAGGCGCUGAAGCGGCUAGUGGAGGAGGAGCUGCUGAAGAUGCAGGUUGAUCAAACCGGUGCCAGAGAAGAGAGGCUAGGCCUUGCCAAGAAGGUGAAGAGGCCUCCCAUCCCCUGCAGUGACUCAGAGCGAAAAAGGUUCCGUUUCGAUUCGGAGUCAGAGCCCAGCUCUGCAGCCUCCAGUCCAGACUGCUUUGGCUCCCCAGCAAAGAAUGGGAUGGCAGCAGCAGCAAUCAGUCCAGCCAAGGAGGAGAGUCCAAAGCAAGCCUCAAAGAAAGCAGUUGAGAGCAGCGAUGAGGAAGAACAGCAGAGGGACCCGACUGCAAAGGUUGGAUUAGAGAGGGAGGAGGUGAAGGAGACAAGUGAGGAGGAGGAGGAAGAGGGCUCUGCCAGAACAAGUAAGGUCUGGAAGGAAGAGAGCAGUGAGGAAGAGGAGGAGGAGGAAAAGGAGGCCAAAGGCAGGACUAGGAAGAAACUUGUGACAAAGAACAAGCAGGCACUAAGCAAGGCCUCGGCCAGUAGGAAGCAGGCCAGGGAGGAGAGUGAGGACAGUGAGGAGGAACCUGCCCAGAGAAUGAGAAAGAAGGCUGAGGGAGAGAAAGGCGCUAAAAGUGAAAAGGAAAGUGAAAAGGAGAGUGAGGAGGAGGAGACCCUUGCCAAGAAGAAAGAGAACAGAGAGGAAGAGGAGGAAGAUUGGAAACCCAGAGCCUGGGAUAAUGGAGGGAAAAGGUCAGCUUGGGAGGAGAGGAGGUAUAAGCAGAAAAGCAGGGCAGCGAGACUGCUGGGAGACUUGGGGGACCAAGAGGAAGAGAAGGAAAAAGCAGCAGCAGACAGUGGGAAUAAGAGCAGGGGAGAUGAAGAGCCCCCAGUGCAGAGGAAGAGCAAAGACAAGAGCCAGUGGAAAGGUGGCAAAAGGCAGAGUGGAAGCAGUGAGGAUGGGGAAGACAGCGGGAGAAAGAUGAAACCAACUGCUAAAGGCACUGGGAAGACAGCCAACAUGGGCGGUAUCAAUGGUGAGGCAAGUGACUCGGAGAGGGAGGUAACUGACAGUGAGGCAGGGGGUAGUCCUAAGGGGGAGAGAAAGAACCGUUCUUCCAAGAAGAGCUCCAAGAAAGACAGGACACAAAGCUCCUCCUCCGCAGAUGGCAGUCCAGAACCCAAAGGCAGGAAGGCUGGCUCUGGUUGUCGCAGUGAGGACCACCCAGCUGUGAGGAAGCUAAAGCGCUACAUUCGGGCCUGUGGUGCCCAUCGCAACUACAAGAAGCUGCUGGGCUCCUGCCGCUCAUACAAGGAGUGCCUGAGUGUCCUCCGGGCAGAGCUGGAAGCCCUGGGCAUGAAGGGUAACCCCUCCUUAGAGAAGUGUCGAGCCCUGAAGGAGCAGCGGGAGGAGGCAGCCGAGGUGGCCUCCUUGGAUAUUACCAACAUCAUCAGCAGUUCAGGCCGGUCACGCAGACGCACGGCCUGGAACCCUUCAGGAGAAGCAGCACCCCCAGGGGAGCUGUACCGCCGGACCCUGGACUCAGAGGAGGAGCAGCCCCAUCCCCCACCCCCAGACUGGUCACAUUUGCGGGGCAUCAUCAGCAGUGAUGGUGAGAGUAACUGAACUCCCUCCCUCCUCCAGGAGGGACUUCCCUCUUGUAGCCAACAUAUAAAACACCCCCACCCCCAACUCUGUGCCUGCACAGAGCAGAAGCAGCUUUCUUCAGAGAAGACUUGCAGCCCCUAGGGACAUAAGUUGUUGGGAUCCUACUUCUCAGCCUCGUGUUUAAGGUGUUUGUUUUUUAAGACUCAAUAAAGGAGUGUUUGAAUCACCUCAUCAAAACUG